AUGAUAUUCGUGAAUGGGAAAAACAUCUCUACUGUCUCCUGGAAAGGAUCCCAGGCCCGUAGCCCUUCGGUGAUGGGAAGGUUUCCAGUUACUUCCUUGCCGUGUGUGAUCGGAAGGUUGUUGUAUGUACAUAGGAGGUUUGCGAUAGGGCCAAGUAGGGAGUUAGACUGUUGGAUUCUAUGCAUACUGAAUACUAUGGGAAGGAUGGACAACAUGGAUGUUGACGGGCAGGGUCCUCAUUUUUUCAAGGCAGUACACUUUCGUACGCUCCAUCACAUGGUAUUCCGCCCUGCAACACAACACCAUUACCGUGGAGUGGUGCUACCACAAACAUGCACUAUCCAAACCGCAGAGGGGCGUACAUACCACACGACACUGAAAAUGGUGAAUAACUGCCCAACUUUAAUGGACGGGUGGAGAGAUUUCAUUCUCACAGAAGACAUAACCCUGGGGUACUUCUUGGUUUUUCGUCCAAGGACCAUCUUCGACUAUGAAGUGACCGUGCUUGAGCCCAACGGCCGUGAGAGGCUACCACACCACACGUUUCAUCUCGAAAUCAAGCCAACUCAUUUGGAGGGUGCACCUAUCCCAAUGUCAUGUUGGAGGGAUUAUGUACAAGGGCAGUACCCGAACUACAGAAGUGCAAUACUGCAUGUUGGGGACAAUAGGUAUGAGGUUGAUGUCAUCCAGGGGCACAGGAAGAAACUUAUUCAGAAUGGUCGUGCUCGGCAGUUCAUCGAUGACAACAACAUUGUCGUAGCGUGCACGUCUAGAAUGUGUGCACCUGGGGUUGAUGUUGCAAACUUGUUUUGGGGAUGA